GUGGUUAAAUCUCUUCCUUCCAUAUCUCUCAUUUCUGAGGUUGCAGCUCGCUCUCUCUUUCUGUAAGUCAUACUCUAAUUCUGCAAGGUCAUUUAGCGGGAAAAGAAGUAGCAGCGACGAGACACAGACGCAACUGAAUUGGCCUCCAUGGCGGUGUUUACUGGUUCAAUCUUGUCUUCUCCGUCGCAGCGUCUCUUUGCCUGUCGGUCUAUUUCCAGUUGCAACUCCGGUCUCUCUGUUUCCCACAUUUAUGGUAAUCAUUUCAUGGGUGUUCCCUUGGGAGGCUGUCUUCCAGAGAAGCGGAAGGUCGUCAGGAUCAUUUCAAAGAUAAGUGCUGCUGCUGUUGCAACAACUACCAAAGAGGAAAUCAAAGAGUAUUCACUUCCUACAUGGGCAGAAUUUGACCUAGGAACAGCUCCUGUCUUCUGGAAAACUAUGAAUGGUCUUCCUCCUAUGUCUGGAGAAAAGUUAACACUCUUCUACAAUCCUGCAACAAAUAAUCUUACUCCAAACGAAGAGUAUGGCAUUGCAUUUAAUGGGGGGUUUAAUCAGCCCAUCAUGUGUGGUGGUGAGCCCAGGGUGAUGCUUAGGAAAAUUCGAGGAAAAGCUGAUCCGCCCAUGUAUACUAUCAGGAUAUGUGUUCCUAAGCAUGCUGUGAACUUGAUCUUCUCAUUCACUAAUGGUGUUGAAUGGGAUGGCCCCUAUAGAUUGCAAUUUCAAGUUCCUAAGGCAUGGCGAAACAAACCAAUAGACUUCUUCAAUGAGGGUUUGGCAGAUGAAUUGAGUAAGGAGGGUGCCUGUGAAAGAGCAAUCUUUCCUGACUCGAAUAUCGUCAUCACUCGCUGUACCAUGAUUGGUAAUUUGUCUGUUGAAGGGGGGGACCGCUGCAAUCUUGACCUUGUACCAGGAUGCACUGAUCCAAGCUCACCCAUGUUUAACCCGCUUGCUAAUGUAGAUGAUGGAUCAUGCCUACUGGAUUCAGACUCUGAUGAAUAGAAGAUUUAAUGGUGUAAGCUCCCACCCUUUUGCAUGUAUCAAUACAAGUAGAAAAAAGAAAACCUCUCUUUCCACUGGAGUAAGGACUAAGGAGGUUAUCCUGAAACUGGUGCAGUAUAUUUUUGUAGCCAAAAGGGUGUUCACUUUGUAUAUUUUGAAGUCUAAACCAAAUGCCUCAGGUGCUAAAAUAGAUUAUUUUGUACUCUUACAGAAGUCAAAAAGGAAAAACAAUGGAAACUGCUGGCUUUAUUUUGGAAAAACAAUUUAGCUGUAAUUUACUGUUCUGCAUUAAUGAGCUAGCUGCAUCUCUGGUAUUCCAACUA